AUUUAACAAUAACACUGCCCCAGAAUGAACAAAACUAGACGAGUCUUCCUAUAUUUUUCAGUGUGGAUUUUCCUGGCAAUAGUUGUUGUUAUUUUAAACAUUAUGAACCUAGACUGGAGUAAAACAAACCUUAUUCAAGGUACUUUGGUAGUUGUUGUGGCGGGAAUUGUACAGGGCAGUGUUUUGGAGCUUCCCGUUAUGACAGGGGUAACUCUUAUUGUCGGCGGAGAUCAAAGACAAAGUAAGAAAGCGCGAUCUGAUCACCUGUCUUUAUGUUUGAACUAUAAUUUAUUGGCUCUAAGUGAAGACGACAUUGACGAAUGUUUACAGACAAUGUAUGAAGCUUUUAUUUAUAAUUUAUCAGCAAACACGUGCGCGGUGCUUGUUUCGGCAACGAAUGACGAAGAACUGAAGAAAUACGAGUUGCAAGCACGAGACAAUUACCGCGGAUUGAUUUACGAUCAGUUAUUUCGUGAAGGAUUAUCUUAUUCUAGUCGAGAUUUCAGUUCUGUGGAACCACUGAGACUAAAACAUGUUUGGGAGAAAUUCAAUGACGUGGAAUCAAGUAUUUUUGUGCGGGAAUAUCUAGAUACUAUUUGCGAUAAUUUCGCUAAAGAAUUUAUGGUGAUUCAUCGAACAAGUCGUGUCUUGAGAAAAUGCGGUCAGUAUCAAGAUUUAAUGCUUCUGUUUGACGGCGAUGAUGAAGCCUAUUCCUACUGCGAUCCGGAGUAUUACGGGAAAGCGGCUCGACCGUAUGGACAGCCUUUAUUCUACGACUCCGAAGAUGUCGAGAGAAUUUACGGACGACAUACUGACUAUACGUUGGUUCUGGACGGAGACACAGGCGUUCCGAAAGGCGGGACUUUUGACCUGAUGGAAAUAGCCGCAGCUCAUCCGGAUCGUGGCAUCAUUCAACCGGCUAUAAAGCUCCAUUGCACCAGCAGCGACACCAUGUUUAUGCAUCUUGAAUCGUUGAGACAAUCUCUGUUUGAGCCCCUGACCAACGCCACAAUGGCAUAUUUUUCACAAAGUUCUUUCUUCGGCAAAGGUCUUAUUAAGAAUCGUGUAUAUAUUGACAAUGUUAUCGGAUACAGAGGAAAUUUAAUCGAACGCGUACCGAUAGAUGUUUUGAGUCACGAUACGUUUGAAGCGUCUUUACUGAAACCCCUAUAUGCUGGCAGUGUGUAUCUUCUGGAGGCGCCAUCUUAUAAUUAUGUGACGUGGAACAUUCGCGAGCGCAGGUGGAACCGAGGAGAAGUUCUCUUAGCUUUCUAUUUCUGGGAAAACGCUGUUGGUGUUCCAAUGCGAUGGCUACAAAGCAAACUUCAGGGAGAAAAAUUCGUAGCAACAAAAUUGCGGACUAAGUCGAAAAUGGAUUUUGUGACCUCAUAUGUUGCUCAUUCAGCAUUAAGACAAAUGUUUAUGAAGCCUAUUUUGUUGUUAUAUAUUCUGUUACAUUAUCAAGCUAAUCUAUACUAUAGACACGCCUCUAUAAUUAUUGUUAUGUUCCUUGUGCUUAUAUUCCCGAAGUUCCCAACAACAACGCGCAAAAACUUUAAAUUUGUCAUAAUAGAGGCAGUGGCUUCCAUUUUACAGUUUACACCAGAAGCGUUUGUUGGUUGUGUCCGAAUAAUUCGCGCCAUUCAGGCCAAUGUCGGUGCCGCGGUGAAAUGGGUUCCACAGAGAGCUGUUGAAGAAGACUUUAAGGCAUCAAAUCCAUUCGUGUCAAGUUUUAAGCAUUUGUGGGGCUACGCCAUUUUGGCCUUAAUCGCUGCUGUACUAAUUAUUAUUUUCACUCCCAGUUCGGACCUUAUUUUAGUCAUGUUAGGAACCUCCAUUUUACUGCCUGUUUACACGGGUUUUACCUCGCUUACUUUAGACUUUAGAAGUUCCAGAAGUUUAGAAAAUAGUAGGAAUAAUCUACUGACCUGCGUAUCGACAAUUGCUUAA